AUGUCAAAUAAGAAGAAGGUUCAAUUUAUUGAGCCUUAUUUUUCAAAAGAAAUCAAUGAUGCAAAUGAGUAAUAAAACAUAUUUUCUAAUUACAAUUCAGAGCAGCUUUUAUAAUUCAAAUCACCUCGCCCAAGUUAGUCAUUUUCUGAUUGCAAUCAUAAAAUAUUACCAAAGAUGCAUCAUUCAAUAGAGGAUGAUGUAGAGUUAGACGAUAAUGGCUAGAGCUUAGCAGAAAAGAAAGAAAUGAUGUAAAAGUUCCAGCAAUUUGAUGUUUUUCUUGUCAAAAAUAGAGAUAAGAUAGAAUAUAAUAAACAAUAUUUUAACUAGCAAUUUUAAAAUAUUCCAAGCAUGGGCGAAGGUGAUUUCAAAUCAUAUAGAGGUAAUAACAGCUAGUAAUAAUAAUCCUUGCAGAACAUCCCAACUUUUUCUGCCUUAAAGGAUUUGAGAAUAGAUUUCAAUAAAGUGUUAAACAAUAUUCCACCUGAUCAGCUUUAAGAUAUUCUCUUUAAUAAUCAGGCGUAACCAACAAAUGAUUAAAAUUCUAAUUUAAACAGUGCCAGGUUUUUAAUGUUGCAUGGAAUUAAUCCAAGCUCUGAUAGCAUGAAUAAUGGUGAAACAUUUUCCUUUUUUCAAGGAAAAAAAAAUAAUAGGCGUUAAAACAAAGCUAUGACUCUUGCUCAAACAUCAAAUAUUUAGGGUAUUGCUACUUUUGGGCCGUUAACAUAGCUAGAAAAUAAAAAAAAUGGAUUCAAAAAUGUUCAAGAUAUUAUUCUCAGGCUAUCAAUAAAAAGCUCUUUGAUGAUUUACAAAUUCAUCAGAAUUAUGAAAAAAAAAAUUCGCUUUAAUGGCUUACAUGAACUUAAUUAGCAAUAAUUAAUGCUUAUUAAUGAUUUGAGCUAUUUUUAUGUAGAUAGCAGUAAAAGUAAAGGAUUAAGAUCAACAACAAUAUCUAAAAUACUCAAAAAUAAAAUUUUAUGGGUCUUCUCAUCAUCAAAAAAGUAUGUUUAACAUCAGUUAGAAAGCUGCUUAAGCUGUAUUGUUGAAAGUAAACCAAUAGAUCCUACUUCGAAUUGGAUGUUGUUUUGGUUGAUUAUUUAAUUUAUGUUUAUUGUAGUUGCGCUAUUUUAUACUCCACUGGAACUUAUAAAUGGAGAUGAGUAUGAUAAGAAAUACGGAAGGCCAUGGAUUAUUUUCAAAGCAAUCAACUGGCUUGCAUUUUUUAUAGAUAUUAUAGUUAAAUUUAAUACAGGUCUUUUUGAAAAAGGGUAGAUUGUAAUGAAUCGUCGAGAAAUAGUGAAAAGCUAUUUCAAAGGAAAUUUCUUGUAUGAUGUGCUUGCUCUGAUUCCAAUAACUCAGACUCUGUUGAAUAUUAACUAUCUCCGACCAAUGAAUUUAUUGAUUUUGCUGAAAGUUCAAACUGCAAGAAGGAUUUUAACUUAAAUACAAGAAAUGGUCUCCUAAAAAAAUAAUAAAACAUAAAAUACUUUAUCUUUGCUCCAAUUGUUACUCAUGAUUUGCAGUGUUUGCCAUAUUUUUGCUUGCCUUUUCUAAGGAAUUGCUGUUUUAGAAUCAAAUUAUGAUAUAACUAAGACUAAUUGGAUGGAAAAAUACGGAAUUGAUGGUAAUGAUGUACACUGGUUUAUCAAGUACAAUUGUUCUCUUUAUUUUGCUGUCACAACUAUGAUUACAGUUGGUUAUGGUGAUAUAGUUCCUAUUACUCUUUAUGAAACAUUUUUCGUAACUAUUGCUAUGUUUGUCAGUUGUGGUGUUUUUGCUUAUAGUUUUAACUAAAUUGGUGAUCUGGUAAGAGAAUAAAAUCGUUUAUCAAAUGAAUUCAAGAAUGAAAUGGUUUUAGUAAAUCGUCUAUUGGAAAAGAAGAAAAUCAAUAGAGAUCUUAUGAUAUAAGUUAGAAAGUUUUUAGAAUAUAGAUUUUAUGCAGAGCCUUAACUUUCGAUGGAAGAAGAGAGAAUGGUAAUGGGUAAAUUAUCUAGUCAUUUACGUGAAAAAGUCAUUUUAGAAUCAAAUUUGUAAAUCAUCAAUUAAUGCUCUAUCUUAAAAAACAACUUUUCAAAUGAAUUCCUAUAAACUUUAGCCUUAAAAAUGACAGAAAUGCGUGUCUCAAAAAAUGAAAUUAUAUUUGAGUAAAAUGAUUUUGAUGAAGAUCCAUUUUUGUAUAUUGUUGACAAAGGAGACAUAGAAAUAUUCGUUGAGACAGAUAAAGCAGAUUAAGAAGUAACAAUUCUUCAAGUUAUCAAUCAAGGAUCUUAUUUUGGAGAAGUUAACUUCUUUAGAGAAGGAUUACGUGAAGCUAGUGCUAGAGCCUAAGAUUUUGCCAUUCUUUAUGGAAUACCAAAGAGUCAGUUCUUAUAAAUAAUUUAAGACUAUCCAAGAGAUUUUGAAUAAUAUUGCUUUAUGAGAGAUAGCUUUGUAUUUGAUAAUAAAUUAAAAAUAAUCGAUUAAAGAUGCUGCGUUUGUGGUAGGGAAGAUCAUUUGUAAAAUCGUUGUAAUCUAGUACAUUACGUCCCUGAUCAAGAGAGAGUUAUUUUGAAAGAAAAUUUCUCGACUAAGCAAUUAAGAGUAGCAAAGGUUAGGUAGAAAGAUGAAAAAUUCAAUUCCUUAAAGAAUAUUAAUCUUGUAAUAGAAUAGCAAGAUGCUUACUUUAGUAGUGAAUAAAAUCAAUAAUUUGUAUAAAUUAACUACUAAUUCUUAUUUGAUGAACCUAGUCUAACAGAAGAAAAUGUCAAUAUGUCGCUAACUUAGAACACUAGUAAUUUAGGUGGUCAAAAUCAGAUUAAUCAAAAUACAAAUGGUUAUAAUAAUAACUAUAAUAAUAAUUAUAUGUAUAGUGUUAGAGAGAAGUAAGCAACUAUUUUACCAAAUAUAUAAAAACACGUAUCUAAUAUUUAUACCUCAGGUGGUUCAGCUUUAGGAGAUUAUAAUCAUAGAAACGAUAUAAGUAGGAAUGAUGCUUCUGAUGUAGAAAGUCCUCGAAGCAAUGAUAAAGGAUAAUUUACAUACAUCUAGCAAUAAACUCCUAAUAUUUUUUCUACUUAAAAUACCAAUAGUAAUCUUUACAAUAAUCUUUAGAAUACUAAAAUUCCUUAGAAUAGAUUUGGAUAGGCUAGUGGAUAUUAGCCCAAUAAUAAUUUGUUGAGUGUGAAUGCAUUAGGAUUGUAAGGUUUAAAAAAGAAACCAGCCUUGAAAAAAUACACAACUCAUGGAAUUGAAGAAGAAGACAAUAAUAAUAAUACCAGCUUCUAAGGGUAGACACCAACCAGCAAUGCUAUGCUUUAACAAAUUAUGUAGAUGUUACAAAGAAUAGCAAUCCCUUAGAAUUAAAAUAUGCAAGGCUAUUCAAAUAUGCAUAGCUUCACAACUAUAUCACCAAUGGGAGUAGGUGGUACGAAUCCUAAUAUAAUGAGAUUGAAAGCUGGAGGAUUUGGAGCAAAUUCCAAAUAACAUACCUAUGAUUCAGAGGAUAUAGGUUACUUUUAUGGUUCAAGUAAUUCAAAAAAUAGAGGUAUACACAGAAAUUUAAGCUAUUUAAAUAAAAAGAAAGAAAAAGAGUUACUCAUUUAGCAACUCUAGUUGAAUAACUAAUUCUAUUCGGAAGGUAUGCAAAAUAUUGAUAUAAGUCCAUUCUUUGAAAAGAGUAAACUCUACACAGUUUAUUACCCAUAACAUAACCUAAAUAUGGUACUUAAAAUGAUUGAAAAUGUUUCCUUAAAGCAGUAGAAGUAGCCAGAUUACUUUGGUGUUUAUUCGUUCUUCAUACGUCCAUAAUUGAAGAAAAAAUAAUCAAUAUAAAAAGAUGAGCAAUCAAUGUAUCCUUAAAACGGAGGUUAUAUGAAAAAUUCUCAAGCUGUAACUAAUUUGAACUAAAAUGGGUAUAAUAAUGGAAUGUAAAAUUCUAUGAUGAUUAUAAAUAACAAUAAUUAAGGUAAUAAUUUGAGUAAAUACUAAAGUUUAUACACGUUUAAUCAGUCUUUUGGAUAUCGCCAUAAAGGAAGUAUGAAUAAUUUUAAGGAAUCUCCCAGACCUAAAGAUAAAGACACAGACUCUCAAAAAGCCAAGAAAAAUAGUUUAAGAGGUUAUAAUUCAUUAUUUCAUCUAAAAUCUUCUACCCUUAGAUAAGAUAGCAUUUUUGGUAAUCAACCUAUGCCAGAAAAACAAGAAAAAAUACCCAUUAAAAGCAAUUUUGGUUAAAUUAAUCAUAAUGAAUGUAAUAGCAUUUACUAAGAAAAAGAGAAAUCUCAAUAUCCUAAAUUUAUAUUUAAAAAGCUAAUAACUUUAUCUUGA